AUGUCCGAGAUUGCUGAAAAGGUUGAGAAAUUGAACAUCAAGGCCGACGGAGCCAAGGAGAACGACAACAAAAACAAGAACAGGAAGGACAAGAAGAAGGACUCUGUGCAAUCAUCAGCUAGUCCCUUGUAUGCCGAUCCACAACCGGCGUUCCUCGAUGAGAGAAUCAAGUUAUUCGAGGAGUUGAAAGCGAAAUACGAUGCGGAAAUCGCUAGCAAGGAAAGAACUCCCAUCAAGAUUACUUUGAAAGAUGGUAGUGAGAAGGAAGGUGUCGCCUACGAGACUUCGCCCAUGGACAUCGCCAAGGCUAUCGGAAGCUCGUUUGCUGAUAGACAAGUCAUUGCCAAGGUCAAUGGACAGUUGUGGGACAUGCCCCGUCCUUUGGAAAGUGACGGUGUUACUUUGGAGUUUCUAGAUUUCGAGCACCCGGAAGGUAGGGCUGUGUUUUGGCACUCAUCGGCGCACAUUUUGGGUGAAUCGUGCGAAUGCCAUUAUGGCUGCCAUUUGUCUCAUGGACCUCCCACUGAUGAUGGUUUCUUUUACGAUAUGUCGAUUAACGAUGGCACCACCUUUGUGACCCAGGCCGAUUUUCCAAGCUUGGAAACCAUUGCUACUAAAGCCAUCAAGGAAAAGCAAAAGUUUGAAAGAUUGGAAAUGACCAAGGAGGAUUUAUUGAAGAUGUUCAAAUACAACAAGUACAAGGUCAAGUUCAUCAGUGACAAGAUCCCCGAUGGCACCUCGACUACCGUGUACAGAUGCGGUCCCUUGAUUGACUUGUGUGUCGGCCCCCAUAUCCCGCACUCGGGCAAAAUCAAAGCGUUCAAGGUGUUGAAAAAUUCGAGUUCGUAUUUCCUCGGUGAUGCAGCUAACGAUUCCUUGCAGAGAAUCUAUGGUGUCUCUUUCCCAGACAAGAAGCUCAUGACUGAGCAUUUGAAGUUUUUGGCCGAGGCAGCUGAGAGAGACCACAGAAAGAUUGGUAGGGAGCAGGAAUUGUUCAUCUUUAACGAGGUGUCGCCUGGUUCAGCCAUGUGGUUGCCUCACGGUACCAGAAUCUACAACACCCUCGUCGAGACUUUGAGAUACGAGUACAGGAAGCGCGGAUACGAAGAAGUCAUCACUCCCAACAUGUACUCGACUAAAUUGUGGGAGACUUCCGGCCACUGGCAAAACUAUAAGGAAAAUAUGUUUUCAUUUGAAGUGGAGAAGGAAACUUUUGGCUUGAAGCCCAUGAACUGCCCCGGACACUGCAUACUUUUCAAGUCAAGAGAGCGUUCUUACCGUGAGUUGCCCUGGCGUGUUGCCGACUUUGGUGUCAUUCACCGUAACGAGUUCUCGGGUGCAUUAUCGGGCUUGACCAGAGUGCGUCGAUUCCAACAAGAUGACGCCCACAUUUUCUGCACCGCUGACCAAAUCGGAACCGAGAUUGCGGGAGUUUUCGACUUGUUAAAGAAAAUGUACGGCAUCUUUGGUUUUGAGUUCAAGAUGGAGUUGUCCACGAGACCCGAGAAGUAUGUCGGUGACUUGGACACUUGGAACGCCGCCGAAAAGAAGUUGGAGGACGCGUUGGAUGCGUUCUUGGGCAAAGGAAAGUGGGAGUUGAACCCCGGUGACGGUGCAUUUUACGGACCCAAGAUCGACAUCUUGAUCAGCGACGCGUUAAAGAGAUGGUUCCAGUGCGCCACUAUCCAAUUGGACUUCCAACUUCCUUCUAGAUUCGAGUUGGAGUACAGAACCGACAACAACAACGCCUUGGAGCGUCCCGUGAUGAUCCACCGUGCCAUCUUGGGCUCGGUCGAGCGUAUGACUGCCAUUUUGACCGAGCACUACAAGGGUAAAUGGCCAUUCUGGUUGUCGCCCAGACAGAUAUUGAUUGUGCCCGUUAGCCCCAAAUACUACCAAUACGGUGAGAAAUUGCAGAAGCUUUUCAACAACGAGCACUUUUUCUACUGCGACAUUGACGUUAGUGGCAACACUUUGCCAAAGAAGGUGAGAAGUGGCCAGAUGUUGAAGUACAACUUUAUCUUUAUUGUUGGUGAGGCCGAGGAACAGAACUACGCUGUCAAUAUUAGAAACAGAGACAUUGCUGAAGAGCAAGGUAAGAAUGAAAUGAGUAAUGUUGAUGAAGUGAUUAAGCAGUUGAUUGCCUUGCGCGAUGAAAAGAGAAGCGAUAACAAAUUGUGA